AUGCGGAUCAAGACGGUUACAAGUUUUGUUCCAGAGGGAUGCAAAUGCACACAGAAAGUGGAAAAGUUAUUGGAAGUGUGCGACUGUCAAGCUAUGUUUGGCAAUUCGGUGGCUACAAACUGUUUACGUGAUGAGGAGAUAGAACAGGCAACAAAGAUGUGGUUUUUAGUAGACGGAAAGUGCGAGCCGAAGGUGAAACUCACUCGAAGGAUUGUGGACUGUUCAGGGCAGACCCAUCUUCGGAGAGUUGUCCAGAGCGCCUGUUUGGUUAGAGCCGAUGGAGUUGGACGGCGAAAUAUCACCGUCUUCGGACCACGGCCAAAGGGCUGCCAGUGCGUCUCAGCACCGGUUAGCUCAAUCUCCGAGAUUUGCAGUUGCCCCCAGAAUCUCACCACCACACAGUGUAUGCCCGGAGGCAAAACACUCCUUCGUACGCAUACCGCCUUCUCAUUGGUCAGAAGGAAUGGCGGCGUGGAAUGUCUCCGGGAGGUGACACAAGCGCGGCUCGAUCCCUGUGUGGGUCAGCCGAGGGGAGAAGUGGAGAGACCGAGCGCCUGUAAUCCCACCACUUGUCACAAACUGAUUGAAAUCACGACCCACGUACCGGAGAACUGCAAGUGCAUAACCAAGAGGACACAAAAGAGAGAAACGUGCUGUUGCCCACCGCCCACCCAACCGAAAUAUACCUGCAACCAGGCGGAAAACAUUCUUGUCAAGGAGGUCAGGGUUAACCAGCUGCUAAGCGCUCUGCCAAUUGGCGAAAGGAUGCGUCAGGUUGAACCCUUCUGUGACACCCAGCUUAUCACCACGAAGGUCAAGGUCUCCUGCGCUGACCAUAAACCAAAGAUUAUGAUGUCCACCUGCAAGGACAACUUCAGGGCUAUGCUGCGUCAAUGUCUACCAGGAAACCUCUUGAAAAUCACGCGCACUGACUUCUUCCUUAAUGCCAGCAGCAACGACUGCGCGAGGCGAACCUCUGAGCAGACCCAUCCCACGGUGUGCCCACGACCGCACAUCCGCGUUUCCGAGUGUGGUGCAACCGGAAAGGAGUUCGUUGCCACAGAGACCAUCACCAACUGGACUGCUGUCGAUUGUGUCUGCAUGCCGAAGGUGCACCAGCGAGACUUCAUUUGCGACUGCGCUGCCAAGUUUCCCCCUCAGACUAAAUACGAAUGCAAACAGAACAGCAUCAAGGAGGUUGUAGUCACUCGAUGGACACUUCAAGGACGAACCUGUGUUCCAGGCAUCACAAGAUCAUCCUCAAGAAUAAGUAAGCAUAUCUAUUGCUCUGCCUUGGGCAGGAACUCAAAGCAUGUAGGAUACAACUGA